AUGCUGCCAAGAAGGCAGAGCAUCUUCCACCUCGGGGAGGAGGGUGGCGCCGCCUCUGCCGUGCACCACCGCGUCAGUGUCGUCGCCGCGUCGUCGUCCAUGUCCAUGGGCGGCGGCGGCGGCGGCCGGCGUGCGCGCGAGCGUGAGCGCCUCGUCGUGGGGCUCCAGAUCCUGGUGCACCACCACCACGGCCGGCACGGGCACGCGCACGCGCACGCGGCGAACGUAGUCCUGAAGCAGAUGGUGAGGCCGCGUGCCGUCGCCGCCGCUAGCUCGCGCCACGGCCACGGCGGACACGCCUUCUCGUGCAGCUUCCUCAAGGCCUGCUACCUCUGCAAGCGGGAGCUCAGCCCUGACAAGGACGUGUACAUGUAUAGAGGCGAUCAGGGGUUCUGCAGCGAGGAGUGCCGGUGGCAGCAGAUCCUGGUGGACGAGGCGCGCGAGCGGGAGGCGGCGGCGGUGAUGAGCAAGCAGGAGCUGCAGCGGCGAGGGCAGGGGCAGGCCCGCCACCACAGCCCCCACCGCACGCCCAUCCGGGGCAGGCCGCCGCCGAGGAAGACACUUGCCGUAGCCUAG